ACCAAGCCCCAAAUAAUAUAUCGCUUCCAGAAUGUUCAGAAAUAUCAAAAUCCCACAUUUACUUGUGAACGCCGGAAGCGGAGAGGGAGAGAGAGGGUGAAAAGAAAAUGUCCGCCAUCUUCAUUGCAGUUCAGUGCUGCCAAUGCUCCACCAUGCAGGUGAAGCAGAGGAAGCAGAGCAGCAAAAGUAACAAGUGGACAUGCGUAGUCUGCAAUCAAAAGCAGUCUGUACGCCAAGUGUUUGCUCAAGGUCCCAUGGCCAAGGAUCUUCGCCUCUUCGUCCAGUCCUCCAACAUGCCCCGUCAACAACAACAGCAGCAGCAGCAACAGCCUGCACUUGCUUCUUCCACUAGUCCGUACAAGACCCAAAAGAAGAGACGAACCGAUUGGACGGAAUACCUCGAUUCUAAGGAUGAUCAGGUCACCAACUUGAAGCAAGAAGAAGAUGAAGGGGUUGGUUUUGAGCAUGAGAUUGUAACAGAGUUUCCGGCAGAGUUGCCCAAGAAACGAAAGCUCAACAAAUAUGGCUGUUGGUCAGAUACAAGAAAAGGAGAUGCGGAUAAACAUCACAAUCACAAAUCAGUUUUCUCUAAGAGGAAUUUCAACAAACAUGUUGUCUCCCCAGCAGAUGAGGAGCAGAUGAAGUGCGAGCUAGCAAUCACCAAGGAGACUUCAAAAUGGAGAGAUUUUGUAAUGAGAGAUGAGCUGGAACCAAGAGCAGGUCAGGAAACAAAGACUAUACUUAGUGGAGCUUCCAAAUGGAAUGACUACGUAACCCCAGAUGAGAGUGAUGAUUAUGACCUGCCACGCAUUAGUAGGAGAGAGGAUGCAGAUACUGCAGGCCAAUGGAGCAAUGAAAUCAAUAAGACAGUGACAAACUACGAGACGGUAUUCGCAAACGAUGAUGAGACGGUAGAAGAUGACAUCCAUCCUGAUUUCUUGCACCUGGAUAGGUCUUGAUCUUGAACAAAGAUCAGCGCCAAUUGGUAAAUAUGGUUUAUAUACUAAAUUGUAGUUUGAUAUGGCAACAUACUAUCGUUUUCUGAUUCAAACAGCCAUUUAUGGAAAGGGAAUUGUGUUUGUUAUCUGCUCACUUUCUGAUUAAAACAACCAUGUAUGGAAAAGGGCAAAGCAUGCGUGCAUGUAUGCACAGGUCCUUAGAGUCCUUAAGGUGUUAA